GCAGGCUGCUCCACUCGCUCCGGCUGCUGCAGGUGUGCUGGUGAAAGGCUGCCGCUGCGUGUUGGGGUUUUCCUUGUCUGCUGUAAAGAUGUCCUCACUUAAACGACUCGUAUAUGCAGUCAUCCACUUCCUGAGAGAGCAGAGUCAGCGGGAUGAUUACACAUCAGAUGAGCAGGAAAGUUUGGAAGUGGCAGUUCAGUGUCUGGAGACUGUCUUUAAGAUUGGCCCAGAAGAUACACAUCUUGCAACUCCAAAGUCUUUGGAAGAAAUGUUCUCACAAGCUUAUCUGAAGAAGGAAGAGUUAACACCCAUAGAAUCGUUUUCAUCUUUACCAGCAGAUAUAGAAAAGGCUGAGCAGUUAAAGGAUGAAGGUAAUAACUUUAUGAAGGAGCAGAAUUAUGAAGCAGCCGUGGAUUGCUAUACACAGGCUGUAGAGCUGGAUCCAAAGAAUGCAGUUUAUUAUUGCAACAGGGCUGCUGCAUUUAACCAACUGGGGAACCACAGUAAUGCUGUAAGAGACUGCGAGAAGGCCAUUUCGAUUGAUGUCGUGUACAGCAAGGCCUAUGGAAGAAUGGGGAAGGCACUAGCCGCUAUGAAUAAAUACAAAGAAGCAAUUGGCAGCUACCAGAAAGCGCUAGAUCUGGAUCCUGACAACGAAUCAUAUAAAUCAAAUUUAAGAUUAGCAGAGCAGAAACUUCGACAUGUAGCCAGCCCGACAAGUGCAGGAUUUGGGUUUGAUAUGACCAGCCUAAUGAACAACCCAGCUUUUGUCAGCAUGGCAGCAAGCUUAAUGCAAGAUCCGCAGAUACAACGGCUGAUGUCGGGAAUGAUGUCCAAUUCUGGAGGAGGUCCAGCUGCUGGAGUGGGGGGAUUAACAGAUCUUUCAAGUCUCAUACAAGCGGGACAGCAGUUUGCUCAGCAGAUCCAGCAGCAAAACCCUGAGCUUAUACAGCAGCUGAGGAAUCAGGUGAGAAGUCGGUCAUUUAGUGGAACCACAGAGGAGCAUUCAUGACAAAAAGCAGGUGGGUCCUAACCACAUAACGCGUUCUGAUUUAAUUUAGCCUUCCGACGUCUCCAUCCAUCUGCAAGUAAGCCAGGCCAUUUGUUGUAAUGCAGUUUGUACUUUUAGCAGUCCCUUUCUUUUGUACAUACACAAUAUUGCUACAUGAAUAUAUUAUCUAUUUUUAUUGACUUUGUAUUUCCCAAAAAAAGAGAACACGGAUCAAUGCUUAAAACAAUUAUAGGAUAUAUUAAAUUGUCUGUCAAUGCAAUUUCAGCAGAUUCUAAAAUACUGCUAUUAACCCAGCUUGGAUGUUUUGUUGGGAUUGCUGGGCUAAUUUAUGAACAAAUCCCCC